AUGUUGUUGUUCGCGCUGGCUCUGCUGUGCAGCAGCGCUUUUGCCGGUUACAUCAUCGGCGAAGACCAUUACGGCGGAAAGUACCCUUUUCCUCCGUCUCCGAAGCUGCAGCAUUAUGAACAUGUGAAGCCGCAUCAUAAUUAUGUGAAACUUCCUGUACGUUCGCACGGAGGCCACCGCAAAUACUAUCCUCAUCACAACUUCUGCUUCAAAAAAAUGGACGGCAAUUAUCCGAUUGGAAAAUGCAAGCCGAAGUUCAUUUCCUGCGUUGGCGGCGAGUUUUACUUGCGAGAAUGCCCGCAUGGCCUAGAUUAUGAUUCGAAGAGGGACCGCUGUGACAACCCGCACGAGAUCUACGAAUGUGGUGGCAGACCAAGUCCGAAACCAAAACCAGAUAGGUAUCACCACCGCAAUUUGAAGUACGACCACUUCUGCAAACAUCGCCCAAACGGUUUAUACGCGGAGCACCACGAACGAUGUUGUAGCGAAUUCAUUUCCUGCGGCUACGGUCAUGGCUACAAGAUGCACUGCCCACGCGGACUGUACUUUGAUCCACAUAGGCAGCAGUGUGACUUCAAACACUACAUCUAUGUAUGCGGAGGAAAGCCUCAGCCGACCACGCGACGACCGCCGACAUACCAUCGUCCAAAACGCAUCCCGUUCUCUUGUAAGGGCAAAAAGUCCGGCAACUACCCCGAUCCGUUUACCCGUAAGCCGUACUGUUCCCAUCGGUUUUUCACCUGCGUCAGCGGUUAUGCCUAUGCUUUCCACUGCCCAUCGUCCUUAUUCUUUGACUCUAAACGAGGCGUUUGUGAUCUGUAUGACCAUGUCUACGCUUGCUCUGGAAAACAUUACCAUCCAAAACAUGUUAAACCGAUUGCACAGCCAACUUUGCCUCCCGUCGAUUUCUCUUGCGUGGGUAAAAAGGACGGUUUCUAUCCCGAACCGAAGAAUAGAUGCUCCUCGUCAUAUUUCGCAUGUGUUGGGGGCCUUGCUAGACAGCUACACUGCCAGCGUCACCUUGUCUACGACCCAGAAGCUGCGGCAUGCGUCCGACUUGAGGAAUCAUAUCGCUGCACCGGCGUUCGCCCCACUCCCACAACGGCUCAACCUUACCGGCCUACAAAACUUUCCAAGUACAACUGCCACAACAAACCAGACGGCCUUUAUCCCAUAAAGCAUAAAUGUAGCCACUAUUACUACCAGUGCAGCAACGGAAUCGCUUACGACCGCAGAUGUCCAGACCAUCUGUAUUUCGAUUGCAAACGAAACCGCUGCGACUAUUUCCGAAACGUAUUCGCCUGCUCUGGAAAGCACGUGAAACCUACCCGCCCGCCACCAACGUUACCUCCUGUAGUCCUUCCAAUCAAGUGCUCACACCUCCGUGACGGCGAUUACCCUGACCCGUUACACAAAUGCAGUCGCAUUUACUACACCUGCAGCAAUGGUUAUGGCCAUCGUCGUUAUUGCGCCGACAACACCUUCUACGAUCCAGAACUACACCGUUGCGACUACUACCACAACGUUCCAAUCUGUUGCGGCCAUCCACGCCCAGUCCAUCACUACAAAAAACCCAAAUAUCACGAACACCGUCAUAAGGUACCCUUCGACUGCCACCACAGACGUGAUGGCAACUAUCCGGCUGGAAAAUGCGAGAAUCACUACUUUUCUUGCUCUGGCGGCGAAGCUUCUCUGCGGAAGUGUCCCUUCAGUUUAGUAUACUGUGCUAAGACGGACAUGUGUCAAUUCAAGCAUUUCGUUCCCCAGUGCGGUGGUCACCUAAAACCAUACAUGCACAAACAUCCUGAACAGCCCCGUUAUGAAUUUAAACAGUACGAACACGAACCCAAGAAACACGAAGUCAAAUUCCACCAUCAAUACAAGGAGACGUACAAGCACGAGCCGGAAUACAAGGAGACGUACAAGCACGAGCCGGAAUACAAG